AUGUUGGCGUAUGGAGCAUCUGCUGAUCAGAUGGAUGAGGUUGCCCGAAUGGGGAAGUCCACCACGUUGGAGGCUUUGAAUUGCCCAACUGCCUUACAAGGUGAUUACGGAAAUAGAAAAGGCCAAAAAAGUAUCAUCCUCGAAGCCGUUGCUGGGUUCGACACAUGGGUUUGGCAUGCCUUCUUCGGAGUUACCGGAGCCCAAAAUAACCUCAACGUCCUGGGUCAAUCUCCGAUCUUCAACGAUGUUUUGAGAGGCCAAGGCCCCAAUAUUACAUAUCAAGUCAACAAUACAGUCUACCAGACGGGGUAUUAUCUAGCUGACGGUAUCUACCCAAGGUGGACCACAUUUGUCAAAUCCAUUCCGAAUCCCCGAUUCCAGAAGCAAAAAUUAUUUGCUACCUAUCAAGAGGGAUACAUGAAAGAUGUCGAAAGGUGUUUUGGCAUCCUCCAAGCUCGGUGGUUGAUUGUUCGAGGUGCGGCCCAUAUGUUUGAUGAAGAGAUCCUCCGAAGCAUUAUGAUGACUUGCAUUAUCCUCUAUAAUAUGAUUGUGGAGGAUGAGUACGAUUAUCAUGCUGGAGAGGUCUACGAACCGGAUCCAAUGAACACGGCCUUGACCUGGAUUUAUGAAAGGCUCAUGGAGCCAAAUGGAGAACCGUUUGAACCGGAACCGUUGGUGAGGGACGAUCGUAUGAUGACCCGGAUGAUAGAUCGAUAUACAGAGAUGCAAUCUUCGUAUAUUCAUGAAAGCCGUCAACUUGACUUGAUAGAGCAUAUAUGGACGGUGAAAGGGAAUGAAGAUGAAUGA